AUGCAGGUCGCUGUGGGGACAUUAACUGACGAGGACACAAGGGCGAUCUUGAAACUUUCACGUGAUGAAAGGAUUGGUGAUCGAAUUUUUGCUAGCAUAGCUCCAAGUGUGUAUGGUCAUGAAGAUAUUAAACGUGGCAUUGCACUGGCACUUUUUGGCGGUGAACCUAAAAAUCCUGGUACGUUAAAAGCUAAAAGUUUUCAUUGUUGUUAA